AUGAUGGAGGACGGAGAAAAUGAAGAGUUAUUUUUAGAGAAUGUUGAUAUUAACGAUGACGUGGUAACUUUAAGAGAUCUAUUUGAAAGGCGAAAAAUAUUGUUGCGAAAAAAGAAGGAAAUAUUGAAUAAACAAUAUUAUGCAAAUAAACUUGCUGCAGAAAAUCAGCAACAAGAACUAGUUUCCGUUCCUUUGUCAGGGGAAUUAGAGCAAGAACCUCCGAACCAAAAUUUGACAUCCGAAUUGACUACGCUUACAACAAUAUUGGAUACUACUUCAACACAGAAUAGAGAUGAGAAUAUUACUUCUAUUGAUGUAAACAUUAAUAUAGUGGAGCCUAAUAAAAAUGACCUUGAAUUUUCGUCCGAUGAUUCAGUCACUGAUCCUUCAUUUGUCGCCCUCUCACACAUAACAAAUUUAAAGCCACUAUCACCAGCAAAUACGGAGUGGUUUCCCGAAAGGGAAAUAGAAAAUACGGCGAAGAAAAAUGGAAGAAAGCGGAAAGGGAAUCCUAAUAACUGGAAAAGAAUAAUAAAUAAGCGGCAAAGGAUGAUGGGCGAGGAAUACAUUGGAUUUAAAAAAGAUGGCACUAAAUUCGUUCAAAAUGAUCCUAAACCCGCCAGAAUAAUGGGUCCAAUAUGUAUGUCGAAGAGAUGUUUCAGUGGUAAAGCUAUGUAUUGCCCAAAGUUAACAGAAGAAGUGCGGUCAGAAAUUUUUAAAACCUAUUGGAAAAUGAGUUGGCAUGAAAAGAAAAUGUAUAUAGCUUCAAUGGUGGAUAAGACACCUACAACUAGAAAAACUAAGAACUCAAAUUCAAGGCGCAGUGACACCAAAGUUUACUAUUUAAAAGUAAACGAUAAAAAGGAAAGAGUUUGCUUAAAAACAUUUUUGGAAACAUUGGGCAUAAAAGAAUGGACAGUUCGAUAUUGGCUAGGAGAGAAGACGACUAUCGACAAUGAAUCUGAACCAAGUGCUGUAGUAGCCACAGAAACAAAAAAAGAAUCAGCCAGAAAAUACUUGAUGGCGCUACCGAAACUACCGUCUCAUUACUGUAUACAAUCUACUUCAAAGCUAUAUUUAGAACCCAUCAUACAAACAAAAUCACAAUUGUAUCGUCUAUAUGUAGACUACUCAGUUUCGCGAAAUGAACCUGUGGCCUCUAGGAAGGUAUUUGAAGGGGUUUUAUUCGAAGAGAACAUCAGUCUAUUUCAACCAAAGAAAGACGCAUGCGACCAGUGCUGCGCUCACAAAGCAGGUAACAUGUCAGAUGAGCAGUAUAUAAAACAUAUUGAGCUAAAAGACUUAGCUAGAAUUGAAAAAACCCUUGACAAAGAAGCAGCACGGAAAGGGACGAUACAUGCAUUAACAGCAGAUCUUCAAGCAGUCAAAUUGUGUCCUUCACUCAACGCCAGUGCACUAUAUUUUAAGACAAAACUUGCCGUCCACAACUUUACAAUUUACAACCUGGGAACUAAUGGAGUCGCGUGUUACUGGUUCGACGAGACGGCAUGCGACUUAAAAGCUACUACAUACGCAUCAUUUCUUGUAGAUUAUUUAACUAAAUUACUGGAAAAUGAUCCAAAGGAUGUAGUAUUGUUCACAGAUGGCUGCACAGCCCAGAAUAGGAAUAAUAUUGUGUCGAAUGCGUUGUUGCGUUUGGCCAUGGCCAAGAACAUAGUUAUAACUCAAAAAUACUUGGAAAAGGGCCACACUCAGAUGGAAGUCGAUUCGGUGCACUCGGUGAUCGAAAGAAAAUUGAAAAAUCGAGAAAUAUUUCUACCCUCACAAUACGCAACAAUCACGAAGGAGGCCAGAAAAGUGCCGAGUUCUUACCAGGCUCAAAAGCGCAUAGAAAGGAAUAUUAUACAUCGAAAAAAUAGUAGACUGUCUGCUUUUGACAAUAUACGAAACUUGCCCAAAUGUGAAGUGCCCGACCCCGUGUCUGAGAGUCAGAAAGAGGUGGAACACAAAAGAAUGCAGUUGGAGAAAUGGAAAGAAGAAAAGGGGGAAAAAAGAAAAAAACUGCUGCACAAUGAAAAACUUUUUUGUUGCUGGUAUUGUGCACCCCCCAUUAAAAUAUGUUCCACCACCUCUACCUAG